UAGAAACUUAUAUCGACACUGCGUACCCAAGUAUACAUGGGAGCACUUUUACUGCAUUCAAGAAGCGGGCUCGGAGUGGGUCCAGGCCCUUGAAGAAGAAAGGAACCAAGCGGAGAUACUUUAAGUUACAGGAUGAAGAAAUCGUCAAACUUAGCAAGAUCAUUGAGACCAUGGUUGAAAAAGAGACUACUAGUGAUAAAUAAAUUAUUUGAGUUUAAUCGGCAGCUCAAAUUGAUCAGGAUGAAGGAGUUUGAAGAUCAGUGCAAAAAUAAUCCUAAGUUCAAUUCAAGGAAAAUUAAGCGUUACUGGGAGUCUAUGAAGCACUACUAUGAGACUAAGAGGCACAAAUCUUAUGAGACUAAGCCGCAAGAGAGAAGAAAAGCUAACAUUGCUAGAAUCCCUUCUGAUCUAAUUCGUCUACACCAAGAUGAAAAGGAUGGAAUGACUGGUGGGAUCAGAAGCAUCUCUCAUAGUAAAAUCCCUCAGUUGGCCUUUGAACCUGAAGAAGAUGAUCCUCUCCCUGGAGCAAAAUGUGGGAUAGCCACUAUUGAUAAUAACCCAAAGCUAAAGGAAUUUAUAAUGAGGGAGUUUCAUAAACGAAAUGGAACAACUUUGAACAUCCAGGUGAUGAUCAAUGUAUAUCUUGAUGAGCUCAACAUGAAAUAUAACUUUAAGAAGAAAAAGGAGCUCCAUACUGCUGACAACCAUAAAAGAUUCAAAAAGCUUAAGCAAAUGAUUGAUAGUCAAGAGCUUGGUUUAAAGCUUAACCAGUAUAAUGAGUUCAGGAAUACUCCAAAGGUUACUCACAAGGAAGACUCUAGUAAGGAGCUGACAUCAGUCAUUCAUGAGGAGUCAACCCAACAAGGAAUUAAUUUCAAGAAGCUUAUUGAGAAGAACAGUAGUCGGAACUUAAAAGGAGUACUAGGUAGCAAGAAUUUUAAUAAAAACACCACUUUCUUCUCAAAAGCAUCACUAUCCAAUAGACAGGGUCCGGUAUCUCCAAGGCCGAAGUAUCCUCGUUACCUACGUCUCCAGAUGGAGAGAAGCAAGUACUUUCUGCAGAGCCCACAGUUGGCUUGUAUGGAUAAACUUAUUAAGAAAAAAUAAGGGAAUGAUGAUCGAUGAAAAUAUAUAUUCGCCUAAGUUCAUAGAGCAGUUGGAGCAGAAGGCUGAAGACGAAGUCAAUUUUGGCGAUUACAAAGUUAAUAUCAAGAAUGUGCUCGAAUCUCAAAAGAAUAUGCAAGACGAAGGUCUAAGUGAUGUAUCAGAUGACCUUACUGAUGAACCUCCUUCAGACCUGGUUGAACAAGCAAAAUUUUUGAAAGAAUCUCAGAACAAGACUAAGAGCCAAGCUGCACUAUAUCCUGUAACUCCAAGAGAAAACUUAGAAUCUCAUAAUCAAGAGCUUGGAAUGCAGCCAAUGAGCAAACUUCAGACAGUUCAUUUCAAGAGCGAAUUUAAAUUUGAAGAUCCCUCGAAACUCAGACCAAUUCCACCCAAGCCCAAACUCAACACAAUAAAGGAGAUUGAGAAGAAGAAUGCAACUAUCGUCAAGAAAUUAAACAGAAUCCAAAAGAGACCAGGAAAGAAGAAGCUCCACAAAUUACUGAAGAAAAGUGUAAGAGCUCAGAAGAGAUUUGCCAAAGUUCAGACUGAGACUCAAAGAAAAAGAAAUAAGAAACACUUGGAAGACUUAUGAAUGAAGACCAAUUUGGAAUUGUUCGAAGAAGAAGGCAAACAUAUCAUGCCAAGUGAUACUGUGUCUUCGAGGAGUUCAGAUUAUUUAGAAGAAAGUCAAAGUUAG